CCAACCAGCCCCACACCCAUUUCUCGCGACCGACUGCCAACUCCCCGCGACUAUUCCCAAUUAUCCCAACCGGCGACUUUGUUUUGUUUUUACGACCCGACGAUAUCCCACCACCACCCGAGAAGAACAAACAAACAAUCUCGGCUUCGUACGCAGCAACCAAACAAUCUUAUUAUUUCCCAAGACACGAAAUAAAGCAAUUAAAAUGUCCACUGCCGACAACAACGACACAAUGGAGCUGGACGAGCCCCAGCAAGAACAACCCGCCACAACAACAACAACAACAACAACCACCAUCUCCUCAACCUACGCCAACACCUCAGCCAUGCAAACGCACACCCGCGCCACGGCCGUCCGCUCGAUCGAAGGCUGGAUCAUCAUGGUGACCAACGUACACGAGGAGGCCGACGAGGAGGCCAUCCACGACAUGUUUGGGGAGUACGGCGAGAUAAGGAACCUACAUCUCAACCUGGACAGACGGACGGGUUAUGUCAAGGGCUACGCCUUGAUCGAGUACUCCACCAUUGAGGAAGCAAGAGCCGCCAUCGACGGGGCGCACAACACGCCCCUCUUGGACCAGAACGUGCAAGUUGACUUUGCGUUUGUGAGGCCGCCUCCUGGGAAGGGGAACAACCAGCAGGGUCAUAAUGGGGAGAUUAGAGGAGGUGGGAGAUCUGCUGGAGGAGGUGGUGGUAGGGGGAGGGAUAAUAGGGGGCAGAGGAGUGGGAGGUCGAGGUCGAGGAGUCCGGGGGUGAGGGAUAAUAACAACAGGAGGAGGGAUGAUGAUGAGGAGGACUUGUAG